AUGACCAAUGCAAAUGGACAAUCGACUACGAGUGCAGUCUGCAGAUGUGGCAAGGUCUGCAAAAACGCGACUGGUCUAAAAAUACACCAGACCAAGAUGGGUUGCCUAAGGAAGCUGUUGAUGCAACGCACAGUGCCUGUACCCAGUACAGUACCUGGUGAGACGGAGGAGGAGCCAGGCCCGGACACACACCACAGUGCCCAGUGCCUCCAAGCACCACAAGCUACACCCCAAAGCAGACCAUCAGAGCUUCGCCGGAUUUUGUGGCCUGCUGCCAACAAAGAGUCGGUUUGGCAACAGUUUGAUGAGGAUGUUGACACAGCCCUUGAAGCAACAGCCAAGGGCGAUGUGGACCAGAGGCUCCGAACCAUGAGCACGUUCAUAAUCAGCAUCGCUUCAGACAGGUUUGGCACCAAGGAACAUCGCACCUCCAAGACAUCUACUGCAACACCAAUUCCUAACCGACGAGAGGUCAAGAUCACCCAACUCCGCCAAGAGCUGAGGUCACUUAGGUGUCGGUACAGGAAGGCAAAUGAGGAGGAGAAAGUAGCCCUGGCAGAACUUAGGGAUGUGGUGAGGGAGAGGCUAACCACCCUUCGGCGUGCGGAGUGGCAUAGGAAGAGGGGAAAGGAGAGGACCCGCAAGCGUAGUGCUUUCAUCGCAAACCCUUUUGAGUUCACAAAGAAGCUGCUGGGAGAGAAACGCAGUGGCCAACUCUCAUGUCCUGAGGAUGUCAUCAACCGCUACAUCAGCAACACCUACAGCGAUGGGAUGAGGGAGCAAGAUCUUGGCCACUGUGCAGCCCUCAUAUGUCCACCAGAACCCAGCACCCUCUUCAACAUCAAUGAACCCACACUUAAGGAAGUGAAAGAGGUCAUCAAAUCUGCCAGAACUUCAUCAGCACCGGGCCCGAGCGGAGUUCCUUAUAAGGUCUUCAAACAUUGCCCCAGGCUUUUGGAGCGUCUCUGGAAGAUUCUGAGAACCAUCUGGAGGAGAGGGAGAGUACCCCAGCAAUGGAGAUACGCAGAAGGCGUUUGGAUUCCUAAAGAGGAGAAUGCAAGUAACAUCGAGCAGUUCAGGACAAUCUCCCUCCUCAGUGUUGAGUGCAAAAUCUUCUUCAAGAUUGUUUCCAAUCGCCUGAUGGGAUUCCUUCUCAAAAACACCUACAUAGACACCUCGGUGCAGAAGGGAGGAGUCCCAGGGGUCCCAGGGUGCAUCGAACACACAGGGGUGGUGACACAGCUGAUCAGAGAGGCACGAGAGAACAAAGGAGAUUUGGCAGUGCUGUGGCUGGACCUUGCCAAUGCUUAUGGAUCAUUACCACACAAGCUGGUGGAAGUGGCCCUGAGUAGUUACCAUGUUCCAGAGAAGAUUCGCAAUCUCAUCCUGGACUACUACAACAACUUUAGUCUAAGGGUGUCCUCUGGAACAUCAACAUCGGAGUGGCAUCGUCUUGAGAAGGGCAUUAUUACCGGCUGUACAAUCUCGGUAUCUCUGUUUGCCCUAGCUAUGAACAUGCUCGUGAAGUCUGCUGAAGUUGAGUGCAGAGGUCCACUGUCCAGAUCUGGCACACGGCAACCACCGAUAAGAGCAUUCAUGGACGAUCUCACUGUUACCACAACCUCAGUGCCUGGAUGUAGGUGGCUUCUCCAAGGCCUCGAACAGCUCAUCAGUUGGGCAAGAAUGAGCUUCAAGCCUGCGAAAUCCAGAUCCUUAGUCUUGAGGAAAGGGAAAGUUUCAGACCAGUUCCGCUUCAUGCUGGGAGACAUAAGAAUCCCAUCAGUGUCAGAAAAGCCUGUGAAGAGCUUGGGCAAGCUCUUUACUGGCGACCUGAAGGACACCGCUGCACGGCAGGGUACCAGCGAUGACCUUGACACAUGGCUCUCAGCAGUGGACAAGUCGGGACUCCCGGGAAAGUUCAAGGCCUGGAUCUACCAGCAUGGCAUCCUCCCUCGUCUCCUCUGGCCAAUGCUAAUUUACGAAGUCCCUAUUACCACCGUGGAGGGCUUCGAGCGGAAGGUCAGCCGAUUCCUGCGCAGAUGGCUGGGCCUGCCACGGAGCCUCAGCAGCAUUGCUCUUUUUGGCCAUAACACCAAGCUGCAACUUCCUUUCAGCAGUCCAUCAGAGGAGUUCAAGGUCACCAGAGCCAGAGAAGUCCUGCUCUACAGAGACUCAGCUGACACCAAGGUCUCCUCAGCAGGGGUGGAGGUUAGGACAGGGAGGAAGUGGCGUGCCAAGGAUGCAGUGGAACGGGCGGAGGCAAGGUUGCAGCAUAGCACCCUUGUGGGCACAGUGGCUACUGGUCGGGCCGGGCUUGGCAGCAAUCCUAAGCCAUGCUACAUCAAGGCCAGAGGCAAGGAGAGGCGGAGACUCAUCCAGGAUGAGGUGCGAGCCGAGGUGGAGGAAGCUCGCUUCAGCAGAGCAGUUGGCAUGUCCAAGCAGGGGGCCUGGACUAGGUGGGAACAUAUAGCUGGCCGCAAGAUCACAUGGGCAGAACUCUGGAAGGCGGAGCCACACCAUUUCAAGUUCUUGGUCCAGUCAGUAUAUGACGUCCUCCCCAGCCCUGCCAACCUGUUCACCUGGGGCCUAGUAGAAGCACCUGCUUGCCAACUCUGCCAGAGAAGGGGAUCUUUAGAGCACAUCCUCAGCUGCUGCCCGAAGGCCUUGGGAGACGGGCGUUAUCGUUGGCGUCAUGACCAGGUCCUGAAGGCAGUAGCAGACACCAUCUGCUCUGGCAUCACCAGCAGCAAGCAGCAACACCCGUCCAAGACUUCCAUCGCCUUUGUCCGAGCAGGUGAGACGCCACAACCACCUAGGAAGACCCAAGGGGGCCUGCUCGCGACAGCAAGAGACUGGCAGCUCCUGGUUGACCUAGGGAGACAGUUGAGAUUCCCGGACACCAUCGCAGUCACAUCGCUCCGACCGGACAUGGUCUUGGUGUCCGCGUCAAGCAAGCAGGUGGUGCUGCUCGAACUGACUGUACCCUGGGAAGAUCGUGUAGAGGAAGCCCAGGAGAGGAAGAGGGCCAGGUAUGCAGACCUGGUAGCGGAGUGUCGGCGGAACGGGUGGAAGGCCCGCUGUGAGCCAAUUGAAGUGGGCUGCAGGGGCUUCGCAGGACAGUCUCUACACCGGGUCCUGGGGCUCUUAGGGAUUUGCGGGCUGCACAGACGAAGAGGCACCAAGAACAUCCUGGAGGCGGCUGAAAAGGCUUCACGGUGGCUCUGGUUAAGGAGGGGGGACACGUGGCGUAGUGCGCUACCUGGACACAAGUCGGGGCCUGAUCAACCCCGGCUGGGUCGCCCGGGUGAGGGUGUCUGA